AGACUAGUUCAUCCUUUCGAACACUCUUCUCCCAAUCACAUUUAUGCAUUUACAGUAGCAUGUAGCAUGUAGUGAUCUCCAAAUCCUAAACCCUAAACCCCAAACCCCUCCCUGAAGCAUCAUAUUCUUGGUUCUCAAUGCUGUCAGUUUCACAACCCAGGACGGAAUUUCUAUCCAAUUCGAAGGCGUUCGCGCCCCGAAUUCCAUCUAAAUCAACAAUUCCGUACAAAUUAACCGGAAAAGCGAUCUCAUUUCGUGCCUAUCCCACAUUGCGGUGCUUCAACCCAAACAAUCUGUUCUCAGCAAUCAGCACAGUCAGGGAUGCCAAUCUCGUCGUUCCGAUUCUCGACGAGUGGGUCAGUGAGGGGAGAAAGGUCAAAAGCAUCGAGCUUCAGCGCCUCAUUCGUAAUCUCCGUUCCCUUAAGCGCUACUCUAACGCUCUCCAGGUUUCCGAGUGGAUGAAUGGGAAAGGUCUGUAUCCAUUUUCGUCGAGUGAUCAAGCUGUGCAUCUGGAUCUUAUAGGGGUGGUUCAUGGAUCGAAAGCUGCAGAGGACUUUUUUAGUAAACUCGGUGACAAGGAGAAAAACGAAAAGACUUAUGGUGCUCUCUUCAAUUGUUAUGUCAGAGAAGGGCUGUUUCUGAAAUCCCUUUCCCUUUUCGAGAGAAUGAAGGAAAUUGGUUAUGGUUCCUCCCCUCUUCUUUACAGCAAUCUCAUGUGUCUUUAUAAAAACGCUGGCAAGCUUGAGAAAAUCCCCCACGUGUUGUCGGAGAUGAAGGAGAAUGGCAUUCCUACUAAUUACUUUUGCUAUAACAUCUGCAUCAAUGCUUAUGGAGAGUUAUCUGAUCUUCAUAGCAUGGAGACGCUCCUUGAGGAAAUGGAAAGGCAACCUCACAUAACAAUGAGAUGGAACACCUAUUCCAUAGUAGCCCAUUUCUAUAUAAAGUCCAACAAGAAGGAGAAAGCGCUUAUUUCCUUAAAGAAACUAGAGGGGAAUCUACGGAAAGAUGCAUUAGGCUACAAUCACUUGAUUUCGCACUAUGCUAACCUCGGGAAUGUGGAGGAGAUGUGGAGAUUAUGGGGUGAACAAAAAACCGUAUGCAAAAAACAUAUUAACAGAGACUAUAUCACCAUGUUGGGUUGCUUGGUGAAGCUUGGUGAGCUCGAAACAGCCGAGAGACUGCUAAAGGUGUGGGAUUCUUCCUGCCACACCUACGAUUUCAGGGUUCCGAAUACUCUUCUGAUUGGUUACUGCCAGAAGGGAUUAGUUGAGAAAGCGGAGGAAAUGCUCCUCGAUCUGGUCAAGAAAGGCAAGCAGCCAACCCCGAACAGUUGGGCUAUAAUCGCGGCAGCCUACAUGGGCCAGGGCAGCAUGGACAAAGCUUUUGAAUGCAUGAAGAAAGCUGUAUCAGUAAGUAAAAACAACAAAGGAUGGAGGCCAAAACAGGAAGUGGUUUCAACCAUAGUCAGUUGGCUUCAAGAUCAACAUAGGGUUAGGGAGUUAGAUGCUUUCAUGAUGGCAUUAGAUAGGGUUCCAAGAUAUAGAAACAUCUCCAGUAGAGUAAAAGACCGUGGGGUUUACCCUGUGCACACCCUUGGUUAGUUAGUGGUUGCGGAUUUCCCUUGUCACCUAAAAAAUGUCAAGAAAUGAGACAUUUUAUUAUUUGUUUGUGUAGCUUUGAAUUUUUCUCAGUUUUUGCCUUUUAUUGUUUCUUGUACACAUGCCAGUUUUGUUGCUUCAGAUUCAAAGAAUGAAGUUGCUUAAAACAGUGGUGAAUUGUUGGCAUAUUUUGAAUGAAAA